GCGGACACCGCCUUCUGUCGUAGCCUGUGACAGCUGAGCAGCUGUUAGAGUGGUCAGAAGCAAACCAGGUACCGAACGACGAAGAGGUAGUGCAGGUCUCUCCUCGAAGGUGUAUGUAUGGAAGUGACUCAUUAUUGAUGUUCGUGAUAAGUCGAUCUCGUUCGGAUCGUUUCCGGGUGUAUGUUUUUUUACGGGCGAACGAUUGUACCUCAAGUCUACAGUGUUUGUGAACUGCAGCAACUUUUCUUCAAACCAUCCACUUGAAUUAUCUGGUUUGGAUAUAAAAGAAAUUACUGAUGAAAAGUUGUUGUGACAACUAAAUUUAUUAGGAUUCCAUGGCUAAUAAGACUGGCGAGUCCUUUACGAUAGCAGUGCACUUAUAGAAAGUUAUUAGUCGGACGACGACCACUUUUGGCGCAGAUUCAAGCAAUGAAAUAGUACCCAACUUUUUACGAGAUGACAGAUAGGCCUAGAAGUGUGCAAAGUGGGGACUUCGUCAAAACCUCGGAAUUCCUGCCCAAAGGUACCGUUAUUUACAAGGACUUCUUGCCGUCAGUGGACCCCGACCAUACUACUUGCUGCUCUAAGAGCUACGUUUCCUUCAGCGAAAUUGUGCAGGAAGCAAACGAAUGGUUAGGUAAACAAGAGAAUUAUGAAGUCGUCAAUUGCGAGAGUAUCAUCUUGCCUCAGUCCAGCGAAGGCGACCCUGUUGUUCCUGAUUCGUGGCCAAUAUCCAGACAUCUUAGAGGUCUGAGAGUGUGGAUAAAAGCGAACAUGGGCGAUGAAACUCAAAACGAGUUGCAGCAGAAACUGAAAUUCCGAUACCUCAUAAGUUACCGUGACUUUAGUCCUAUCUUCGACAGGAAGAGUAUGUUCAAUAGCAAAUACGAAGAUGCAAGUGUUUUAUUAGAGCGUAUAAACAAUUACUUAGCCGAUAGGUCGACAGCAGCUCGAGUCAUCAGCCUUCAGACUUUGGACACGCCAAUGGUUGGCUUGCUGGACUUGGAUGUCGAUACGGAGAAAUCUCGAAUCUCCUUUUCCCAGCAUGGCUUUACAAGGUUUUGUCGGUCACUACGCCUGUUUUCUGUUACAAAAUACAAACGAGGCACCCUGGCCACUAUUAUUCGUCAGCCUAAAGUAGCCUUCAGAGACUUUGCACCAAGUCAUUCCUCUGGAGGACAUGAGCUACUUACUGACGUCGUAAAGAGAGCAUUGCAGUGGACAGCGGAGAAUGACGUCUCCAUUCUUAAUGUUCAGGUCCUGCCACUAAGAGCCGGAGAAAGCAGCACUGCAUCCUCCACAUGGUUAUUAGAAAGUCCAGGUCAUAUCCCUAACAAAUUCACUUCUUUCGUUCGUGUUGUGUAUGUGACCUCCCCAGAUGUCAAUGAUCCUCUGCUGGAGAGUACCACAGUGGAAGUUGUCCAUCAAGACGACAAUGAAAAUGAAAACACUGCUGGUGAUGAAGAGAACAAUGAUCCUACAGAAACUACAGAAGUAAAUGGUGAUACCGAAAAGAGUGAACCUACGGCGACCAAUGAAACUGAAGGUUCAGGUGUGUUAAUUGAAGAUGUUGCUAGUGUGCCUGGAAUGGUCACUCCAAGGGAAUCAAGCUUGGACUUGGAUAGUUCCAGCCCUUUGCAUGGUAAAGUAUUCACUCCCAGGGUAACUGAACCAGGUGGUUUCUGUAAAAAGGCAGAAUGGGAAACUUUGAAUAUGACUGUAGACAGAAUAAAUUCUUGGACAGCAGCUUCACAGGGAAAUAUAUUGACAAUUCAUACUCAAUAUGUUUAUUGUAAAGAUGAUGAUGUAGAUCCUCAAGAUACUCGAUGGGCAAAGCACAUGACUGGAGGCCGCCAAGUGGGUGUGUUCUGGAUUGUAGUUGUUGAUGGCAGACCACCCACCGCUCUUCCACCCAAUUCAUCAUCACGGAAAUCAAAGUGUGCCAUUAUGUAGCUGAAAGAAUGAGAAAUUAACAAUACAUUUUUAAUUUUUUUUGUAAUUCAACAUACUGUAGUAGCCGUACAUUUUACUUUAGGUGGAAAUCAGUGUAAAUAUAUUUAAUCAGGAGGAAGCAUCUCUACACAAUCUACCAUCAUUAGUUCUAGCAAUUAUAAUUUAUGUACAUGGGAUGUAUAAUUAAGAUUUAGAUAAUCUAUAUGAUGUGAACAAGUUAACUGUAACCUAUAUUUUCCUAUUCCUUGGAUGUAAAUACUGUACUCAUGGUAUUCAUAAUUCCUUGGCAAUAAGUAAAAGAUUUUCUCCCUAUUGCCUCAUUACUGCUUGAACUGACAAACAUAUAUAUAUAUAUAUAUAUAUACUAUAUACCGUACAUAUUAACAUGUUGUAUAUUAAAUGUUAAAUAACAAAUUGUUUAGUGUUACUGUUGAAGACAUCCUAUUUGAUCAUAUCAGAAACUUCAAGAACUUUAUAGUACUUUUAUCAAUAUUUUUAGCCUUUUACUACUAUCGUCUGUUAAGCAGUACUUUUAUAUCAUACACAAUGUACUAUAUUGGACUUUGAAACAUAAAAUGUUCACUAUGUGGUAGAGUGGAAAAACAGUGAGUAUUAUUGUAAAGAAAUGUAAAGUUAUUUUUGAAGCUCUGUAGUAUACUACAAUUGACCUUAUAAACAAUUAGUUUACAAAGAAAAAAUUUCCAACUUUUCAUACAAUACUUUUCUUGUAAACAAACACAUCUCACAUGAACUCUAAUUAUUAUUGUAAAUGUUUCACAUCAGUGCAAUACGUAAUUGUAUUUAAAGUGGGUUACUCUAUUCAGUAAUCCUAACAUUACAUAUGAAUGGCAGUAUUAUCCCACUCGUGAGUUUGUUUUAAAUGUGUAGUUUUUUCAAACAGACUAUCAAGUAAGAAUUUGCUCUAUGUAUGAAUAUAGCAAGUGUAUAUUUUACUGAAAAUUCAUAUGAAUUACCUGUGAAGUGUAAUGUGACAUAAUUUAACCAGCAGUUCUACAUACACUUGUACUUGUUAAUCACUGAGUGUUCUUGGCAGAAAUUUAUGGCUGCCAAAACAAAGGUCUUUUUCCUAUCUUUUCUCUUUCUGAAGCUUCAUUAAUAUAAGGUAAGCCUUAGCACACCAUGACACUAGGUAUCUACCAAGAUGUUCUGGUCCUUAAGUGGUAUCAAUUUUAGCUGGAACUGCAAUAGCUGGGUCAAAUAACCCAAUUUAGUAGAAUUGUACCUAAAACAAAUGUAAAUGUACAGUAUUUUUAUAUGUUAGUACGACUAUUUGUGUAAAUAGUCAAGAUUCCAAGUUACAAAACA